AUGUUCAAACGAGUCGAAAAGAAGCGUAAAAAGCUGGAAGAAGAGGAAGAACUAGGAAUUGAUGAAGAUAUGAAGGGGUUCAUGGGGUUCAACGACACCGAUUCGGAUGAAUCUGCAUCAGACUCGGAUUCUGGCUCUGACGAACACUCGGACGCAGACCAAUUUCAAUCAGGCGAAGAGGACCUGGAGGAAGCUGGAUAUGAAGAUGGAGACGAAAUGGAGGAGGAGGAUGCUAGCGAUGAUGAUGAAGAAACGCCCAUCUUGUUAUCAGAAGCAUUGAGGGACCCCGUUUAUAUCGUGUCGCUCGACCCAGAUGUCCGAGCUUGUAUAUUAUGCAAGGGCAAGGUCAUCAAGAGCACUCAAAUGUCGACAGUCCACAAAGCAUCUACUUUCAGGCUGCCGCAGGCUCAUGUACGACGUUUCGAGCGUUUCAAGACCUUCGCAGCGAAAAGUGAUCCCCAGAGUGACGCUUGGAAAAUUGCAAGGACGGUACAAAAGGAGGCGUCGAAUCCUACUGGUACUGAGAAUCGUCCUGAUGCCGGACUGUCGAAGCGUGCCCUCAAAAGAUCAGCGAAGCAAGCAUCAAUAAAAGAGAAGCGGAUUCUUCACAAUAAGCUUCGUGCCAAGGCAAAGGCAAAAAAGGCCGUCGAAAAAGUUUCAUCAUCCCAGGAUGCAGCAGGGAAAGAAUCACCAGCAAGAAAGACGAUUGAGAGGCAAAAGUCGCAAAAAGCUGAAGCUGCAACCGGCGACAAAAAGUUGGUGAAGAAAGCGGAGCAGAAGGUCACCGGUGCAAAAGUUCACGACGUAGAAAAGUCCGACGCCUCGCUGAGCGACAAAAGGACAGUAAAGAAAAGAGAACGGAAGCCCCCCGUUUCUGAACUUCAAAACGUAGAAAAAUCGGAUCCAUCGCCCCAGAAGCUAUCGGAACCUCAAAAGAAAAAGCGCAAGGUGCAAAAGGAUCAAGUUGCAACCCCCUCUGCUCCACCGCAAUCUCCAAAACGGUCGCAGGAGAAACCUCUCAGAAAACCGAAGGCGCCUCGUCAAAAAGAACGGAUAACAGCUAGGGCUUCUUGA